AUGGCUAAUCUAGGGAAUAGAAUGCAUCAGCCAAAGCUUCAUGAUGUGUUUCCAGAAAUCCUAAUUAUGGAACACUUGAACCAGUUAAAGUCACAUGCACAAAGCUGUGUGGACCAACAGAUGUAUCCACAAGCCUGUGGGAUCUACUCUCAGAUCAUGGAAAUAGUAUCUCAGAUGCCACAAGUCUGUCUUGAGGAAUUACCCAAGGCACUUAGCAACCGGUCCCUGGUUUUGGCAAAGAUGGGAGACUUCAGAGGGGCACUCGGUGAUGCCAACAAAUGUACAAUCGAAUUUCCUACUUGGACAAAGGGACACUGGAGAGCAGCGAUGGCUUUGAAAGGUUUGAAGGACAAUUAUGCUUCCCUGCAGCCUCUCAGGGAUGGCUUCAACAUGUGUAUGCGCCUGGAUCCAGAAGAUAGGGAAACGGUCAACUUCAUGGUGGAGACUAUCAUCACUACAUGUUCUCUAAAAGAUGACCCUGCGGAGUGGUUGAGUACCCUGUUAGUGCCUUACAGUUAUCCUUCACUGAUAACACGAGCUGUACAACAGUUAGCCAAGUCCAAUCAGUGGGAAGGAACCAGUUUGUUAGUCCUGGGGAUCCACUCUGGCCCCUCCUGUCCCUGGGAGGGGAUUGCCAAGAACACUCCAACACACCAUGUCAUGGUUGCCUUUCUAGUCAAGAAUAUGUCCAGAAACACUCGUGAUUUGAAGAAGUGGGGUCAUAAACUAUUGGUGAUGUUGUGUAAGAAUGGGGCAUCUAUUAGAGACAUGGAAAAAGGUCUGGAGACACCUGCGAUACACACAGGGCUACAAAUGGCCUUGACGACUGGCCAGGUGGAUUUCCUGAAAUACCUGUUUGAGAGUUACCUGAAAACUGCUGAUGAGAAGGAUGCAAAGGAUUCUGCUGGAAAUACAGCCCUUCAUAAACUAGUGGUGUGUGGUCAGAUCAACACGACACUCGGGGAGACAAUUCUCCGACUUCUCCUAAAUAAUGGCUGUAAUACCACGGUCAGGGACAUGUCAGGCAGGACUCCUAUACAGUAUCUAGGCUCAAAGGACGCUGGCUAUGUCCAUAUACAGGCUGCAGAGAAGACAGCAGUGGAGGAGUUGAGAAGAACCAUACUUGAGCUAAAAGAGGCUGGUAAUAGAGCACACAAGAAUGAAGGAUAUCACAGCCAGGCAGUGGAAUUCUAUACCCAAGCAUACACAAAAUGUAUUGACUGUGACGCACUUAAAAAUGAGGCUGCCAUUCUACUAACCAACCGGUCCAAUGUCCUCAGUGUCCAGGGUAAACAUAGCGAAGCGCUUUCCGACGCUGGGAAGGCUAUAGAAUAUGACCACACAUGGUACAAGGGACACUGGAGGAAAGGACAGGUUCUCAGGGUUUUGGGAGAUUAUGUGGCGUCCUUCCAUGCUUUCCUCACAGGACACUCUGUGAGUAAAGACGUCACUGUGGACCAAAGAAGGAGCUUUCUGGCUGAGGCUGUCAUAUCUUUAGCAUCUGUAAGAAACCAAGAUACCUACGACAAGUUGUCUGCCACUAAUUUGCAGAAUUACAGUAAUGCUGAUUGGACCUUUGUGCUGGCUAGACUUUCCAAGGCAGGAGAAUGGAAGACUGUUCGUGAUCUUGUCAUGGGCAGUGAGAGGACACUUUCUCGUGCCCAGUCUGCAGGAUGGAAGUUUGAGGAUGGCCCGAAAGGUUUUGGCGUGGCACUGAACGCCCCAACCACAGGGAUGAUUUUUUCCACCAUUUUCCCUUAUAUUCAGGCUCACUGUGAUCCAUACAGUACCCGUUGGAUGACCAUUCUACUCAAGGUCCUGCUCGAUAAUGGCGGCGGACUGCCCAACUUUCUCACCUUUCUGCAGGAUGAACAUGACACACCACUGCAUGCUGCAGUCAAAUUUUCCUUAAUCACUGGACAUACCACGCUCCUGGAAGAUGUUCCACACAUGCCUGAGGGCUCUUGUCUGGCUGAAUUGGAAGACAAGCGAGGCGAUUCUCUUUUCCACAUAGUGACAAAGAACCCGCAAACCAAAGACAUGGAGCACAUUUUGAAAGUGACUCGUCUUCUCCUGGACAAGGGCUUCUCUGUCAAGGUCAAGGACAGAAAUGGCCGCACCCCGAUCGACUACAUCAAACAAGGGGAGAAGGAAGCACUGUUUGACCUUUUACUGAAACAGUAUAACAAAGAUCAAAAGCCAUCGGUGAAGACAAAACAGAAAGCAGCAGCUCAUACCAGUUCACCUUUACAAGGAGCUCAGGUUGGAAAUCCAAAACAGCUACGGGAACUUGGUAACAAGGAGUACAGCAGUGGCAAUUACAUAGCUGCUAUAGAGUUGUACACACUGGCAAUCAAAGCCACACCAGAAAAGGAGAGAAAUGACCUGUGUAAGCUGUAUAGUAACAGGGCUGAGUGUCACUUUCGUCUGAAUCAGUUUGAUAAGUCACUUACAGAUGCCAUGGAAGGCGUAUCAAAUGAUGGCUAUUGGUACAAGGCUCAUGUGAGGGUAGGUAAAGCCAUGGGUGCACUGGGAAACAAGGAACAGGCUGUGAUGGCCCUUGUCAAUGCUUUCUCACUGACUGCCCAGGAAUCUGAACAGACACGCAGGGAAGUCCUUGCUGAGCUCUCCAUUCAGUAUGCAAAGAUGGAUAAACUUAAAUAUAAUGAAAGAAUCCCAGGAUUACAGAUUGUACAAUGUGAGCUUUGGGCCAGAGUUUCCUAUGAUCUGAUAUGUAGAAGUCAGAUUAAUGCAGCAUUAGUUGCCUUCAGACAGCUGAAUAUCAAUGCUAAAGGAAAGUUACUGAAAUUUCGCAUCAGAGUUGAUUUGCGACCUUUCUGUAAUCUCAGUCGCCUUGCAAAAGAUGAAUGGAUGCUGGAACUAGUGGAACUCUUCCUGGAAGGUGGUUGUGACCACAACUCACUGUCUGUCCAUCCAGGGGACCGCUACAUCCAUGCAGUGGUCAAGAUGACACUUGCUGCAGGUGUUAUCAGUCUGCUCCAGUUUGUUCUACAUACCUAUACUGUGCCAUCGGGGGAACAAAACCUACUGGAUAACCAUGGUAACACUCCACUUCACAUAGCAACACAGAAUUCUCGUGCCUCUUCAGUCCUGCGUCUGAAUGUGGCCAUGGAGUUGUUGAAUGCCAAUAUCAGUGCACUGCAGAAGAACAGUGAUGGGAAGAUGGCAUUGGAGUAUGUCUCUAGAGGGGAAUUCCAGAUGGUAGCUGUGAUCCUGGAGUAUAUGAAGGCAGAGGAAGACAUGAACAGACAGAUGAAAAUGCAGAACACCAUUCAAUCAACGGCUGUCCAACAGAAAGCACAGCAAGAAAAAUUGGAGAAGAAAAGACUUGAUCAGCAGAAGCUUGAAGUUCAACAGAAAAAGGAAAGACAGGAAAAGCUGGAACAGCAGGAGAAAGAGAGGUUGCAGAAACAGCAGGUAAAACAGGUCAAGCCAGCGAUAAGUCGUCCUGAGCCUGCCCAUUCUGACCCCUGUGUUCGGUGUGAUCAGUGGAUGAAUGAAUCUAAAGAGCACCUGAGGUAUAAACGUACAGGGAAAGCAUAUAACCGGCUGGCUCAAGUCAUAAGAAAGAAGCACAAAACUAGCAACAGUCGUCAUCGUGCUCUUGUAAAUGAAGCUUUGACACUAGUCACCAAAAGUCUCAGCACAACAUUUAAUCCAGAGAUACCAGAACAAUUGGUGAGGAUUCCUGGUGAUUUAUAUCAGAAGAUAAUAGAUGGAUUGGCAAAGGAAGAGAAGUGGCGACAGGUUGACAUCCUUGUUCGAGAAAACCGAAAACAUCAUGGUGACCUGUCUUUGAGAGAUUUUGCAAAAAAUAUCAACAUUUCUCGUGUGAUUUGUCAUCCAUCCUUUGUCAAAAAAGAUGACCUUCUAGCACAGCUCAUUAACAACAUGAUGGAGAGUGGAGCAUCCAUGGAAAAUGAGGGAAAGAUGUGUGUUCUUGCUGCCAUCCAGGAAGAACAUUUCAAAUUAUUGUGCACACUAUUUGAAAGGGGAGCUAACCCCAUACACUUGUCCCUGCAACCUGGAGACACACCCAUUCACGCUGCGAUGUCAAUAGCUUUGGAGAGAGACAAAGGCAAUUUUGCCAUCUUCAAUCUUUUGGUUGAAAAAUUUCAAACUGACCCAGAGAGGUAUGCAAAUCUUGACCCCAAUCAACAGGAUGCCAAUGGUGAUGGCCUCUUUCAUGUUGUGGCUAAGAUGAAGUACAACAGCACUACGCAGAAAGCUACAGAGCUCUUAUGUGAAAAGAAAAUAUCUGCGUUAGUCCACAAUAGUGAAGGAAAAUUGCCCAAAGACUAUCUCAUCAACAAGAAGAAUGACAGAAGAUUGCAGUUUUUUCGACUGGCAUCUGUGGAAACAGAAACCAAAACGUCGGUCAAGAAGCCAAAGAAGCCUCGACUGAAAAUUUCUGAGGAGGAUGUGCUGGAGGAAGAACAAGACUUACUACUGUAUUGCAGGACAGACGAAGUCCAAGUCAGUUCAGGUCCAGAAAAAAUCACACGCAGAGACAAGAAGUUGAUAUUUGCUAAGACAUCAACACACCGUGACACAUCCAAAAAGAAAAUUGAGGAAAUGAUCUUCAAUCUACCAGACACACCUUACUCAAUAUUCAAUCCUAAAGUGCCAAGAACAGAGGAAAGUUGGAGGUCAAGGAAGUUAGGUGGAGGUCAGAAAGAAGCAAAGUCACUGGAGAAGAAGGAUGUUCUUAAGGUUGAUAAAAUUGAGGAAAGAUCACAUCCAACGACAGAUUCCUCAAAACAAGAGAAUGUUACAGCGGUGGCAGCUCGUCCACAGGAAGACCCUCUGGAGGAGACAGUAUCCAAUGGCGAGCCGGCACCAGACGACGAGGAAGAGGAAGAAGAAAAGGAGACAUAUGAGGUAGAUGUUCAGGCCUUUGAUAACCUUGAAUGGGAAGUUGAAUGUACAGCAGAUGUCUGGAGAACUUUACGUGACAACCAUGUCCUUCCUGAAUUGAAACAGCGGAUAGUCCGUAAAGUCCAGCACCUGGCCAGUGGGGAAUGGCGACGCUCCUUGUGUAAGCCUAUCACUGCCAGCAAAAUGCCUGAGACACUACGACUCUUUGAGGCAAAAUUGUCAAAGGGUGGCAGGAUUAUAUGGGAAUUAGCCAUAGCAUUUUCACCACGGUUGAGUGAAUCUGCCGAGCGUCGUUUGAAUGCGGAGGAAGAAGAAGUUGAAGAUCUUGCUGUGCAAGGAGGAAGAAUUUACUCUGAGGUGAUUCGAGUUUGGUACAUUGUGUUUGAUCAUGAUCACAUUUACAGAUGUGUGGAACGUAUCAUCAAGUCCCAUAACCGCGGGGAGGAGUGCAUCAUACAGAAAAAACUCAAAGGAGUAAAACAGACACAGUUCCAGGAACGUGCAGGAAAACGCUACCCGAUGAUAUAUGCUGAAGCUGACCUUGGGUUGAAAGAGCACGAACUACAAGAUUACCAACAGGAAUUACAGAAGUUUUAUCCUCCAGCUAGUAGUAAUGACACCGAGUACCACAUUCUCAAGUUCUACUCGUUCUCCUCAAAUCUCGUAAACCAUGUACUACAGAAUAUAGAGACAAAGGUGGAUUUCCCUUUCCGUGUGACUGAUCUGGAGCAUGCCAUUAUCAAUCUGAGAUCGCAGGCACCAAUCCUACUGCUGGGCCGAAGUGGGACAGGCAAAACGACGUGUUGUCUGUACAGACUGUGGACCCAGUUCCUGUCCUAUUGGACCAAGGCCACGCAGGCAGAGGCCCCGCUCCUUCCAAGAUGUCCUGUAUACAGGAAACAAGGAGAGGAAAGGGGUGAAGAUGAAGAGGAGGAAGAUGAGGUUGAGGAGGAGGAAGAUGAUCAGGCGGACGAACUCCUGGGGGCGAUGGUUGGGCCAGAUGGCAAAGUCAUAGAGGAAGACAAAGAAGAGAAAGAAGGGCAGAUCUAUGAUCAUCUACACCAAGUUUUCAUCACAAAGAAUGCAGUGUUGUGUAAUGAGGUUCAAAAGAACUUCCGUGAGCUGAGCCAUGCUUGUUCUAUAGCCAAGGAUCAUGUUGAGACAGAAGACCAGGUGUUGCCACCACGUCUGCAGGACGUUGAUGAUUACCGUUACCCACUCUUCAUUACCUCUAAACAGUUGUUACUGAUGCUGGAUGCGUCUUUAGGACAGCCUCACUUCUUUGAGCGGGGGGAGGAUGGUGGACUGAAAGUUGAUGUCCAGGGCUGGACAGAUGGCGAGGGAACACUCAGCAUACUUCCUCUCUUAGCUGAAGAAUCAGACGAUGAGGAUGAAGACGAUGGACAGUUUGAUGAUACAGAGGAUGAUGACAAUCAACUUCAGGCAGCUGUCAAUAAAGUCAAAGUUGAUCCUCGGAGGGAAGUUACCUAUGAUGUCUUCAGCGAGGAAAUCUGGCCAAAGAUUUGUAAAAAGUUUGCCGGGAAAUACCACCCUUCCCUGGUGUGGACCGAGAUCAUGUCUUUUAUUAAGGGCUCUUUUGAAGCCCUUUCUAAACCUUCAGGCAUUCUACAGAUGGAAGAGUACUUUGAACUUGGGAAGAAAAGAGCUCCCAAUUUUUCUGGCAAGCGUGCAGACAUCUAUGAUAUUUUCAAAAGAUACAAUCAUUUCAAGAAACAGAAAUUCCUGUUUGAUGAAACUGACUUGGUUCGGUCAGUUUACAAUCGUUUGAAGCAGGAGACAGAGGUCUCCUGGGUAAUCCACCAAGUGUUUGUUGAUGAAACCCAGGACUUCACACAAGCUGAGCUCUGUCUGCUUCUGAGAAUCUGCCAGGAUCCAAACCAGAUGUUCCUCACGGGUGACACAGCACAGAGCAUCAUGCGUGGGAUUGCAUUCCGCUUCAGUGAUCUCAAGUCCAUUUUCUUCUAUGCUAAACAGUCCCUGCAGGCCCUUGGCAAAGUGUCAAAUAUUGAAGUCCCAAAGCGUGUGCACCAACUGACUCACAAUUACAGAUCUCAUGCUGGUAUUCUCUUCCUAGCCUCUAGCAUCCUUGACCUGAUGGUCCGUUUCUUCCCCGAAUCCUUCGACAGGCUGCAAAAGGACCAGGGUCUGUUUAACGGGCCGCAGCCAGUGUUGUUGGAGUCCUGUAGCUUCAGUGAUCUUGCCAUGCUGUUACGAGGGAGCCGUCGGAAGACUUCACACAUUGAGUUUGGUGCACAUCAGGCAAUUCUGGUGGUUGAUGAAGCAGCUAGGGACAAUAUCCCUGAGGAGCUACAGCUGGGCCUUAUUCUCACCAUCUAUGAAGCCAAGGGUCUCGAGUUCGACGAUAUUCUAUUGUACAACUUCUUCAAGGACUCACAGGCUAACAAAGAAUGGAGGGUUAUCACAAAGUAUUUGGAAGAGCUAGCCAUUGGGACACAGGGAGCCAAGGGAGGUAGUUUGCCAUCACAUCAGGAGAGCCUGGUAGAAAUUGAUGCUGAGGUACUUCAGCAGACAAACCGACCAAGGGCAUUAGAAUUUGAUGCAAGUCUACACAAAGUGCUCAACUCGGAGCUUAAACAUUUGUACACAGCAGUGACUCGUGCACGUGUCAAUGUGUGGAUAUUUGAUGAGGACCAGGAAAAGCGAGCUCCCAUGUUUGAGUACUUCAAGGCUCGAAAGCUUGUCAAGAUCCUCAACAGUACAGAUGUUGAUGAAGAGAGUUCAGAGAGCAUUGGUGGCAUGUUUGCGGAGGAAUCAAGUCCAGAAGACUGGAUUCGACGAGGCGAUGACUUCAUGAAGCAUGCUUUGUAUGAAGUUGCUGCAAAGUGCUACAUCAGAGGAGGAAACCGCCACUUACAUAAAGUGGCCCAAGCUCAUCAACAAGCUUUGAAGGCCUCACGCACGAAGGACAGUCACCAACGCAUGAGAGAUGAGUUUCUGUUUGCUGCAGAAAUGUUUCUGGACUGUGAUAUGGCACAACAGGCAGCCAAGUGUCUACAGAAUGCUCGCGAGAGGGAAUUGGUUGCUCAUUUGUUCAAGAAGAUUGGCUGGCUUGAGAGAGCAGGAGAAACGUACAGAAAGAUAAGUCGACCUAUUGAAGGAAGUCGCUGUUACGAACAAUUGGGACAUUUCAACCUGGCAAUUGAAACACUCUGCGAGAACGAGUACUAUGAUAUGGCUAUAGAUACACUGUGGAGAUACAGCAAACUCCUACAGGCUCUACGAUCUAAAGGGGAGUCUGUUCCUGCGGUAUUGUUGGACCAUGCUCCAGGUGCACGGCGUACACGAGAACAACUUAGUCAUAUGGCUGCCGAGUUUCACCAUCGAAAUGGAAAUGAAGUUAGGAUGAUGGUAAACUUGGAGCGCUUGGAGCAUCUUAGUGACCGUGUCAAUUUCCUUAAAAAGAAAGGCUACUUUGAUCAAGCCGGAGCUCUCCUGCAAAAGGAAGGGAAGUACGUUGAUGCCACUCAGCUUUAUCUUCUCCAUGGGAAGACAAUAGAAGCUGUAGCAACUGCAAGACAAUCUACACACAAAGAUCUGAUUGGGGAAUGUCUUAUCCUAGCUGCUCAGGUGAGGUUGCGUAAGAAGUCAGAAAAUCAACUUACAGAUGAAGAACAGCAAACACAAACAGAUGAUGUUCUCCAAAUACUUCAAGAAGCCAUUGAUAUCCUGCUUCUAACUUCAAAUCAAGAGCUGCGUGGUGAAGCCUGCUUCUUGAAAGGGGAGAUAACUAAUGAGGUCACAGACAUCAAUGAAUCUUGGGGCGCUUUCAACAAGUGCAAUCCAAGAUGUGAAGCAGGACAGCUAGAAUGUAUGGACUGGAUGGUGCGAAACUCUGAUCUUCAUAGCAAACAAAACCUGUCACAAGUGGUAAAAGGUAUGGAGAAUCUGUUUAGAGUACUCAAUCUUCUAGUAUCCUCUGAUAAAGCUGGCGGAGAUCGUAUAUUCAGAUACUAUGGAUUGAAACCAGUGUCAGAUGAAUUCCUGAAAAUGUACCCGCAACAAAAGCCACGUGCCUUGCUUAUCUUGAAAGGCUGCCUGAGAAAAGCAGACCGUAAGAAGACUGAAUGUGAAAUUGCCAGAAGUGUAGCACGGGAUGAAAUUUGUCGUUUCUUGCUGGAGCGUGGUCAUUACUGGUAUGGGGAGGUAACCCUAGCUUUAAACAGGCUAAAGAAGGAACAUGAGCAAUGUCGACAGUUCACGCUGGGUCUGAAAUGCACCAAAAAUGCAGAUGGUGGCAAAUGUUCUGCCCAACACAAUAUCAUGACAGAUAAAGCGCUGAAAAGCUUACUUGACAUCGAUCUGCUUCAUCUAGAGAUGGAUUGGUAUGUACAACAAGGCUGUGGUCGUCUUCUGAAGGACAUCAACACUGACCUUAUUGACAUGGUAAAUGUCUUCCUCCCUGAUACCAAACAUGAUCACCUGGCUCGUUUCAAAUCCUGUGAGGUCCUGCUUAAUCACUUGAUGCCUCGUGAACGUUUUCCAUUUAGGAUGACAGAAAAAACUCUUCAAGCUAGCAGACUGCAUGAUUAUGUCUGUAAAAUUUUCAACUUUAAAACUAGGUCAUCAAGAGACCGAAAAUAUCUUAAAGAGCAAAUGGUUUGUUACUUGAAAGCCAAAUACAAUUUCAUGAAGACCAAGGAGAGGAAAACAAACACAGAUGUUUUUGUGAAGUUGUACUUCCUUGUAAAUUAUUUCCAGCUAACAAGUGUUGAAACCAGCAAACUGAUGAUGGAGUUUGAGACUGAGGUUCGUGAAGAAGAAAUUAGGAAGAACCCAUCCAAGAUCAAGAAGCGAUUGGAACCUAUGGGAUUUCUUGUUGAUGACAAACAGUCACAAAACGUGUCCGUCCAAUGUGUGGCAAGAAGAUUCUGUGAGGCCUAUUACCAACUGACUAUCCCAAGUGAUCCUCUUGAGGCUCUGAUCAAAUUUACAAAGUUCAUUGUGAUCCUAGGAGAUCGCAACAAAACUGCAAUACUUCCAGAGUUCUCUGACUUUCUGAUGUGGACUGAAUACUUCACAACAGUGGCUGUUUGCUUUGGAGCAAAAAACAAUAAAGUUACAAAUGUUUUCUUCCUCCCUGCAUCUUAUCUUAGCCUUGUUAACUUCAUUGACACCAGCUUCAAGACCAACGGACAACCAACAUUUGAGAUCAUACAGCAACACAGAUCGUCUUGGGUUAAAAAUCUUUCCCUCAGUCAGGAUCGAGCUGAAAGAAUCAUUGGAGUACUAUGUGGGUCAGAAAUCAGAUUGAAUUUAAUCCGACACUUAUUCAAGCUGCGUGAGGACCGUCGGAUGGACUUUGGACUAGCUGAGAGGCUGUUGGUUUUGUGCAUGACAAUCCUGUGUAACAUGGGAAAGGCCUUGUUUGCCAACAAGGAGGCAGACCUGAUGGAGCAGUUGUGUCUGAUUGCUCUGCCAGAUGAUUGUCCCCCACGCCUGGUGAAAGCGGUGCGUGCUGUGCAGGAGGCAGGUGGACUCUCAGACAUUGCUGCAGCACUGAAAGAACUUCUUUAUGAUCGAGAUCAGGAACAUGUUUGUCAUUGUUCGUGGUCUGCCACGGACCGUUUUGGAUGCAAAUCCUCUCCACUUCAGAAGUUGUCGAUUUUCCGAUCAACGUUUUUUGAUCCAAAUACAAGGAAAAAGAUGACAAAUCCUGGUCAUGACAAAGUGACCACAGAAGAAGAUGAGGAUGCUGGAAGAAGCUCUCUUGCAGAACUUGACACAGACAUGACCAUUGAAGAGAAAUAUAAGUGGGAGAAUGAACAGAAAAUGUAUGAAGAGGAUCAAAAGAAGAAAAAUGCUGCCUUUGUCAUAACCAGCUUCUUCAAACAAAUUCGCUUUCGCAGACAAUGUUCUAUCCUUUCUAUUCUUGUAGUAGAGGAACUGCAGAAAGAACUGAGUGAAAAACGUCUGAAGAAGUUUCAGCAGUUUGGUAUAGAUGAACAAGCUUGUACAAUCUGUAAUGUUAUGUUUGACAAACCAGCAGGCAAUCUGAUAGAGGGUCAAAGCUAUGCAGCCACUGUCUCCUCCUCUUUCAAUGCAAGCCCUGGUAGUGACCUGACUCCAAAACCCUCUUUCGCAUCCUCAAUGAAUCCCUUCACUGCUUUAUUCAGUAACAAUGAACAGGACACCAGUAUUGAGGAGGUGCAACAAGUUUCUGAGAUGUUACAGGAUACCAGUGAAAACGUCAAUGAAUCAGGUGACAAUGCGACAGAAGAAACUGCUGAGUCUUGGAGAGCAAAGAAGAAGCUGCAACAUGAGCAUAGUCUAAUACACGAGCGUAACAUGACAGACUUCAAACAAUUCAAAGUGACCUACAAAACACAGAUAGCAGCAAAGGAGGAAGAGAUCUUAGAAUUUAUCAGGAAACACGACCUCCGCACCGAAGGACUGAAGAACUAUCCUGAUAUGACGUUGGAUUUGACCAGGCUAGUCGACAAAUCAGACAUGACUCAAAAUGAGUUUGAUAGGAUCCUAGCUAAGAGAGAUUGGGGAAAUUCUGCUUUACUGAUCCAAUUUUUCCAUGAAGCCAAUGCUUAUUUCCUUGGAGUUCAAAGUUAUGUGGAAGAGAAGUGGAAAGAACAACAAGAGAUAAAGGAAAGAAGAUCAGAAAGUUCAAAGGCUCGUAACAGUCAGGCCCUCCAUGAUGAAAAUUUGGAUGAAGAAAUCCAGCAACUGGAAGAUGUUGUUCAGGAGCCUGUCCGUCAGAGAGAGAAGAAAGGAAAGGGGCGGGGCAGAGGAAGGGGUAGAACAAAACAGAGGCAACAAGAAGACUGAAACAGGGGAAUUGUGUCAGAAGGGGUGGGGCAGAGAAAUAUAGGCAAGAAGAGGACUGAAAUUGGAGAAUCAUGUCCAACGAGGCAGGACAGAGAGAGAUAAAGGCACCAAAAGACUGAACAAGGGAAUUAGGUAUAAUUAGAAAUGGGUAGGGUAAGUAUAGCAAGAGUCAAUGCUGAAACUAUUGAGAUUGGUAGAAUGAAGAUGUACUAAUGAGUAGAUAAAUAUUCUCUAGACUAGACUAAGUCUGGGUGCCUAAAUAAAGGAACAACCAUUGCAGAAUUGGCUUGGCCUCCAUAGGAGAUAGGAAAGGGACAGUUCCACAUCAGAGUAAUGAAUAGCCUAGGUGAAUGUUGGGUGCUCGAAUUAUUGUAAAGGAGGGCAAGGGGGAUUAAAGCCUAACAAAAGUGUGUAACAAAAGCUCCAAGAUAGUGACAGGACAAGUGAAGUAAACAGUAGAGACAGAAAGAAUUAAAGACAUAACAUGCUGUAACUGUGGCAACAGAAAUGCAUCUUGAUUUUGAAAUAAUGUAAACAGUUUGGAAUUGUUAUAAAAAUAAUGUCUUACGAGAAAUGUAUGAAGAAGUAAAUUUGUAAAGGUGAUUGAUGAAAAGAGCGACUUAAAAAGUCCUAAGUGAAGUCAUUUUCCACCUGAGAUAAAUUUUCAUGGUUUAACUGUUUAACAGUCCCAGUGUCAUUUUAUGGUUUCAGAAACCAUCACUCACUAGCAGUAACCAUUCAUAUGUUCAUUUGUUCUGUUAUUCACAGUUAUCAUUUCUUAAUCAUGUUUCCGAUUUCAAAAAUAAUUAAAAAGUCAUGUUAUAAAGUAAAACUUUACCAGAAUAAUUCAUAUUGUGUAUUCCAUGAAGUGUAUAUAGUCCUUAUAUUUGCUUUGCAUUACCAUAUUUGGAAAGUAUUUCCUGUGAAAAAUGUGGGGAAUUUUUAUUGUCAUUUAGUCUUGGUUCAGAAAUCAGGCUUUGAUGUAGCUUCUUGUGUUGAUGUUUGUCAAUAUAAUCUAUAAUUUAAUGAAGUUGAAGAUAACAACAGAUUUUCUGUACUUCUAGCACCUCUUUUGUUUUCGAAUAAGCAGGUUGGGUAAUACGCCCAGUAUUACAUAGAAUUUCAAAGUAAUAUAUUUUUCAGAAAAAUAGUGACUUUCAAGAACAUGUUUACAUUACACAGCCUAGCAACCCUUUCCUCUGUCAAACAGAUUAAAGAGUUGCUCUGUCCUUUCUGGCUUUGUAGACUAGUAAUUUGUUAAACAACUUAUGUGAAAGAGCAACAAUCAUAAAGGUUUUUGAAAGAUAUUGCAAUUUUGAUGUUAUAUGAUUUGUUAUGAUUUGUACCAGAUUUAUAUACACUGUAUAUGACAGUAUCAUGAUGCGUCCGUCGCUUUUCUCUUUUUAUUUUUUUCCUGGUAAAUGGAGUCCAUUGAUGCCAGCUCCAGCAAUAUGUUGCCUUUUGUUAUUUGAAACUAAUCCCAUGCAUAUUUAAGUGACAUUACUUUCACUUCCAACUAGUCCCAUAACAUAUAUCCUGUUACGCUUUUUACUUUGUGUUGGCAAUCUAUUUCUUUUUUGGUGCAUAAAUAAAAUGUCUCACUUUUUAUGAUAUAUAUAUACAAAACUGAAGUGCCAUACUUGAAGGGAAAUGAUACAUUUGUAAACAAAUGCACAUUUUUCCCUCAUCUCCCUAAUCGAAUUGUAAGGCUUAAGAUUCAACAUUUCCUAGUUGUUAUUGAACGAUUCAUUAAGUGUUGUCACGUGGCCAUAUUUCUUAUACAAUGACAAAAACAGUGAUUGACAGCUCGUUGAAUGACGUUGUAGAAAUCCAUGAUCAAGUUACGAAUCUUACACAUGCUACACCUACUUAACUAGCAUCAACUUAUGUAAACAAUUAUCGAAAUAAUUGACAUUCCAAUGUUUUUCUACCUUUUUGAAAAGAAACCACUGUUUGAUAAAUGCUCUUGAUUUGAAUUUAGAUUUUUUUCCAUUGUUAUUAUGUGUUGCUUUAUUUAACAGUUUUUGUUGACUUUUGUCUGAUUUUGAUAUAUAUUCCUACAUAAACUGGAUAUCUUGGGAAUCCAUUCACUAUGCAAGUACUAUAAAGGCUCUUUGGUGAGAAUCAGACUUCUUCUGUAUGGCAAACAUUGUUUAAAAUAUUGAGAAGACAGUUUAGGAGGAUAGUAUCCAGUGGUGUCCAGUUCAUUUUACACGGUUAUAUCGGAAUGACUUCCAAAGCAUGAUACGGUCAAACAAUUUGGUGUCUUUCAGUUAUGCGAGAACAUGUUCUGUGAUUAUUAUGAUCUUCCAAAUAUAUUUUUUCACAAAAACUAAUCCAUUGUAUUAUUGUCACAAUUGUGUUUUAUUUCGUUUUUGGAAGGGACAAUCAAUAGUAUUUCCAAUUAAUGAUUGUUUCUCAAUAUGUUUGGAUUUUUUAAAUCAUUUUUGUGGUAGAGGUCUUACCACAGACUUAUAUGAAUUUCCCAUCAUUGGAUAGUGGGUUGUUCAAAUCGUAGUGCACCCGAUCUGUCGUCAAUUCAUGAACAAUUCUUGGUAUGACUGUUUCUUAAGAAAUAUUGGAUGGAGUGUUCUUAAAGUUUAUAUUAAGUCUCUCCUAAAUUGAUUCUAAAUUCUAAACUGAUAAAAAACAAAAUGGUUGACAGGUGUUCAUCUUUGAUUUUUUAAUAAAAGAUUGUUAUCGCUAUAUAUAUUGGACGGAUCUUUCUCCUAUUUGAUAAGUAGGGUUCGCCUAGUCCAUUGUGCUCUUUUGGUUUUGAGACUGUACAUAAAAACAAAUUCACAAACUGGUGAUCAUCUUGGAUUUUUUCUAUAUAUAAUAGUCAAAUAUUAUUCAAAUUUCAUUUAAUCACAAGAGAUGAAAAGGAUCACAGCAAAUAAAGAGGAAAGAUGGAGAAAGAUACAACCUUAAAACAUGCCGAUACGAAAAGAAAAAUAAAAAAAAUUGCACUAAGAUCCAUGCGAAAUCUUUUGUAUCACUUUUGUCUGUUGUGUAUUCAUUAUUAUAGUUUUGUUUUAGAGUUUAUCAAGUAUGUUGUAUCUCUUGAUAUUUUGUAAUUGACUUGGAUGGAAAUUGAAAAUAAGAUUUGCUUUUUUUUAUUACUUUGCUGAUUUCUAUGAAGCAUGAUGGAUAGUAACAGAACGGAUAGAUUCCUUUUCAUUUUAGUAUAAAUCUGAUGUAAUGUUCUGUCAGGCGACGAUGAAUUAGUGACUAAUAUUCACCUGUAUGUAGGCUUCAUUUGUCUUUCGUGGAUUGUUGAUUUCAAUAUGUGCUUUAAAAAUAAAUUUGAUAUAUUUUGUUGAAUAAAAGAUGUUUCAUGUUUUC